GCACUUCUCACAGUCCGAGCCGCAAACCCCACAACAUUCUUGAUCCUUCGCAGACAUCCCGCUCCACUUUUGUCAAAUAUGAAGGCCAGUGCUAUCAUUGCUCCUGCCCUUACCUCAGGAAUUGCGUACUGGGCAUAUGCAAAUGGCCGCGGGUUGCUUAAUGCCAUGACGCUCGCGCCUCUCCCCACGUCUUACUAUGCCGGAGGGGAUGUAUCGAAGAAGUGUAUCAAUGUUAAAGACGGAUUUCUCGACAGACUGAGGUUCUGUGAAGACGCCACAAUCUGGCACGCACCCUCACACCCAAAACUGCUAAUUACGUGCGAUCCAGGAAGACAGGAAUGGAACACCGUGAUGACAUCAUCUAAUCGCGUUCAGCGCCUAGCCCUCGAGGGUUAUCCGAUCCAAGCUGACUUUCAUCCACUUGGGAUUCACACGGUCUCUUCACCAGGAAAGCCUUCCACCGUUUUUAUUGUCAAUCACGGCCGAAGCAAUACCACCAUUGAGAUCUUUCAUCUCCAUGACUCGUCCCCGACAUCUCCAUAUCCCAAACUUGAAUACGUCCAAACUCUGGCACAUCCUGCAUUCGUUUCUCCCAAUGCAAUCGUCCCAAUAUCACCUGUCUCAUUCUACGUGUCAAACGACCAUCGUUUUACACGCCGCAUACCUUUAGUUGGGGAUUUCGUUUCGCUUGCCGAAUCGCUCUUUGCCGCACCGUUGAGUUGGGUUGAUCGGGUAGACAUACAGUCAGAGGGAAGCAGUCAAUUCAACGUUACUCGAGCCAUCAGCAACAUCAAAUUUGCCAACGGUGUCGCCGUUUCCCCUGAUGGGAAGGAAUUUGCUGUGUCAUCCACUACUGGCUUAGCCAUUCAUUUCUAUGACAGGACGGUCGAUGAGGAAACGAAAGAGGAAAAGCUCACGUACAGGACUUCCGUUCCCGUCCCUUUCACGCCCGACAACUUGUCUUAUGAUGAAUCGGAGUUUGACUCCAGGACCCUAAUUGUUGCCGGCCAUCCACACUUCCCUUCCCUUUUGCAAGUGGCCAAGAAGAAAGCUCGAACGGCUCCUAGCUGGGUUAUCGCAAUUGAGCCCGUAAUCGACGAACCCCCGAAAACCGGUGACCUCGCCGCCCCAUACGGCGUCUAUGAGCGCGUCUCCGCUGUGGAUUCGCACACGAUCACCACACUUUAUCAGAGUGACGGAACUCAUUUUUCGUCAUCCGCAACGGGCAUUAAACAUGGAAAUGACUUCUUUGUUACUGGACUUUAUGCAGAGGGAAUUUUGCAUUGUCGCUAGGUGAAGUAUCUACACUGUACCAAAAUAGCUGUCGGGAUCUGUGUACUCGUCUCUUCUGUGUCGUUCCACUGACCAGUUUUACUACUACGCAUCUAUGCUCGUACUUAGUUUUUGCUUUCUGUGGUUUCUUGGUUCAGGUCUAACAGAACCACAUCUUUACUCGUCCAUCUCAUUUCAUGAUAGUCUGCUCACUUCUACUACCAGUGUAAUUACAUAUGC